AUGCUAGGAUAUCAGUUUGGAGAAUAAAUAGGCGAUAAAGCAAAAGAAGAAGAGAAACUAACUAAAGACAGACUUGACUUUGCUUUGAAAAAGAAAAACAAAGUCUUUGUGAAAUUAUCAAAAAAAGAUAUAAAGAAAUUAUAUUCAAAACAAAAAAGAAGAGAUAAAAAUAAUCAAGUAAAAAUGACUAGAGGUACUCCCGCUUUCGGUAAGAGACACCAAAAGACUCACACUUUGUGCAGAAGAUGUGGUAAGGCCACUUAUCACAAGCAAAAACUUAGAUGUGCUGCUUGCGGUUAUCCCGAUGCCAAGAUGAGAAGAUACGACGGUUGGGGUCAAAAGGUUAGAGAUAGAAAGGGUCAAGGUACUGGUAGAAUGAGAUACAUGAAGACCAUCGCCAGAAGAGCUAAAAAUGGUUUCAGAUCUGGUACUUAAGCUGCACCCAAGGUCAAGGCCGCUACCAACUGA